AUGUCUAACCCACUGAGUCUUGAAAGCAUGUUUGGCCUGCAGGGCCGUGUCGCCCUGGUCACCGGCGGCGGCAGCGGCAUUGGAUGGAUGAUCGCGAGCGGUCUUGCAACGAACGGCGCGAAGGUGUAUAUCACAGGGCGCAGGAAGCACAAGCUAGAGGAAUCUGCUGCGUCUUUCAACCAGAGCAAUCAAGGAAAUGGUCUGAUCGUCGCGCUAGAGAUGGACGCGAGCGAUCGCAAGAGCAUCUCAGCUGCACAGGAGGUUGUCGCGUCGAAGGAAGGAAAGCUCCACAUUCUCGUCAACAAUGCAGGCCAGACCGGCCCUGUGUCACCAUUCCUCGAGAACACCAGCGGGCCGGAGCAUAAGGAUCCCGAGACCCUCGGCCGCGCCUUGUUCAACAACGAAUCCUUCGAGGGAUGGGCAGACGUCUACAAGAUCAACACCUUCUCGAUCUAUUUUGUCACCACCGCGUUCCUCGGGCUACUGGCCAAGGGCAGCGCAGACGUCGAAAGGUGGACAUCGAGCGUUAUCAACGUCACCAGUAUCAGCGGGAUUAUCAAGCUCGCGCAAAAUCACUUCGGAUACAACAGCUCGAAGGCCGCUGCUUCCCACCUCACCAAGAUGCUGGCAACGGAGCUCGCCCUAAAAAAGAUCCCCGUCCGCGUAUGCAGCGUCGCUCCAGGCGUGUACGAGUCCGAGAUGACAUAUGGGACCAUUGGGCCCGACUUGGUGAACGUGGUAGGCAAGGGUUUGAUUCCCGUACCAGAGAACAGACCCGGCACCGCUGAGGAGGUCGCUGGGACGGUGAUCUACCUCGUCUCCAAGGCUGGGUGCUACACCAACGGCCAAGAGAUCGCCGUUGAUGGUGGAUACACAGCCGUCAACCCUUCUGUGCGCUAG